GUCGUCCUCCCCGAACCGAAGCCGACCCGGCCCACCCAAACCGAGAGUCCGCGACCGCGUCUUCCUCUCCUCGGUUCCUCCCUUCCCUCCUUUUCCAUGGCGUCGUCGGAGGCCGACGAGGAUCAGCUCCUCAAGAGCUUCCUCGCGGAGGUCAGCGAGGCUGAGCGGGACAACGAAGUGCUUAGGAUACUUGGUUGCUUCAAGUUAAACCCUUUUGAGCACCUUAAGUUAUCUUUUAAUUCAUCACCAGAUGAGGUGAAGAAGCAAUAUAGGAAGUUGUCAUUGUUGGUACAUCCUGAUAAAUGCAAGCAUCUGCAAGCACCAGAAGCUUUUGCAGCUCUGUCAAAAGCACAGCAACUCCUGCUUGAUCCACAGGAAAGAGGAUACAUUCUUGAUCAAGUGACUGCUGCAAAAGAAGAGUUGAGGGCAAAGAGGAAAAAGGAGCUGAAGAAAGACAGUGCAUCCAAGAUAAAAUCCCAAGUAGAUGAGGGAAAGUAUGAAGAGCUGUUUGAACGAUCAGAUGAAUUUCAGCAGCAGCUAAUAAUUAAAGUUCGUGAAAUUUUGACAGAGAAAGAGUGGCGUCGGAGAAAAAUGCAAAUGAGGAUAUCAGAGGAAGAAGGAAGACUUAAGAAGGAUGAGGAAGAAACUAAAGAGAUGUGGAAGAGGAAGAGAGAGCAUGAAGAGAAGUGGGAGGAGACCAGAGACCAGCGGGUCUCUAGCUGGAGGGAUUUCAUGAAGACAGGGAAGAAGGGACGGAAAGGCGAAAUCAAACCCCCAAAACUGAAGACUGAAGAUCCAAACAAAUCUUAUGUUCAAAGGCCAGUAAAGCGCGCUUAAGAGUAAUGCUGUCGGUAUCAGCAAUCAAAGAACAUCUGGUAGUGAUUCUUCCUGCCACCUGAUUGAAGCUACAACCUAGCAAUGUUGACUUGCAGGCUAUAAGCUUCAGAUAUGCCUUGGGUUCCUAGUGUAGCCGGUGGAACAGAACAGAAAAUUGUUAGCAGAAUGACCGCAUAUUCCUACCUGGAGUUAUAUUGGAUUAAUGUACUUGUUGGGUAGAAAAUGUUUUGUUGGAAAGAAGUGCUAAAUUUUCUGUUGGAAAAGAACCCUACUGAAGCGUGUUGAAAGGCACAAGAAGUGCAAUAUUUUCUGUUGGAAAAGAACCCUACUGAAGUGAAUGUUGAAAGGCUUAUCUCUGUUUCAUCUUUGUUUCAAUAUUUAGUGUAAGUAAUACUGAUAUAUGUAUUUUGCGGUUUGCUAUCACUGGCACAAGAAGGCUUCCAUUACUUCUUCCCAAUGUACUGCAAAUCGUGGUGAUGUAUUCUACAGGACAUGUACCAUCAAGGGAAUUGCGGUAUCUGUUGUUAUUCUGUUUUUGAAA